CUACAGUCUCUCUUCUUCGUUUUCUUCUCCUGCACUUCCUUCCAAAUUCCAAUCUUUAUUUUUUUGGUAACUGAAUCUUUCUUCGUUGAUCGGAUUACUUAUUUUAAACCCAACAGGGGGGAUUACUUAUUUUAAACCCAACAGUAUCUUUGCCACUCCAACGUCGCCGGAAGCUCUAGCCGUCAGAGGACGUAGAGAAAUGGCGGAAUUGCCGAGAAACCCGGGAAGUGCUACUGCGAACAGUGAGACUGUCCGAUCUAGCGGCGGCGGCGGCGGAGUCAGGAGCUUUCCGAUGGCUCAGCAACCGGAGAUUAUGAGAGCGGCGGAGAAAGAUGACCAGUACACUCUCUUAGUAUAUGAAUCCUGCCGCGAUGCUUUUCGCCACCUCUUCGGUACAAGGGUUGCUGUAUCUUAUCAGAAUGAGACAAAACUUCUUGGGCAAAUGCUUUACUUUUUACUCACGACAGGUGCUGGGAAGCAAACAUUAGGAGAAGAAUACUGUGACAUCACACAGGUUGCAGGACCGUUUGGUGUUCCUCCAACUCCUGCAAGACGUGCUCUUUUUAUCUUUUAUCAGACAGCUGUUCCAUACCUUGCCGAAAGAUUCAGCUCUAGACUUGCUUCUGAAGGCAUCACCCUGGAUGAUCCGUUUGAUGAUGAUUAUUCGUUUGGUGGUGCUUCUGCCUCAAGCGGGCGAGUUGAAGCAUCCACGACUAGUGAAACCACAUCUUUCUCAUCAAGAGAAUCACUGUCAUUUUUUUCAAGAUUGAAAGCAAAGUUAAGGCGAUGUUGGCUGCAUGCAGUUCAGAGGUGGCCCUCAGUGUUUCCUCUAGCUCGUGAGAUCUUGCAAUUGAUUAUACGUGCUAAUCUAAUGUUCUUCUAUUUUGAAGGACUUUAUUAUCACUCAUCAAAACGUGCGUCUGGCAUUCGUUAUGUGUUCAUCGGAAAACAAGCGAACCAAAGGCCCAGAUAUCAAAUAUUGGGGGUUUUCCUUCUUAUUCAGCUUUGUGUCCUUGCCGCUGAGAGACUGCGGCGCAGUAGUUUAUCAUCACUUUCAGCCUCAGUUCAACAAACACCUCUGGGAACCUAUCAAUAUUCACCAGGAAACGGUGUGCCCAUUUUGGACGAAGAAGGCAAUUUAAUUACCGGAGGCUCCGAAAAGGGUAGUUAUGUAAUUCAGUCCUCAUCAACUUCAGAGAAACAGUCUCAAACAAGUGGACAGAGCAAAUGCACGCUUUGCCUGAGCAAUCGCCAACAUCCCACCGCCACCCCUUGUGGCCACGUAUUUUGCUGGAACUGCAUAAUGGAAUGGUGCAAUGAAAAGCCAGAAUGUCCUCUUUGCCGUUCUCCCGCCACUCAUUCCAGCUUAGUCUGUUUGUACCAUUCUGAUUUCUGAUUCUACGCCGAGGACAUCUUCCCAAAACAUCUCCUUUCCAUAUCACAUUUGGAAGAGAGUAAGCACAGGUUCUAAUGAUUUUUUUCUUUAUUGUCAAUCAACUGCAUACAAUUUAUAUAUAUUUAUGUAUUAAAUGCAAAAAACUUAUUUUAAAGGAAAUUUGGUGUAUACCUGAGGCUCCGUUUGGUACAUGGAAUUUAACCUAUAGAAUUAGAAUUGGGGACAACGAUUCCAAUAUGAUGUUUGGUAGCACAAAAACAUGUCGAUUUGGAAUUGGUAGUGCCAAAAAUGAAUUGGAAUUGGAGAAUUCAAUUCCAUCGAAAUCAAUUCCAUAGAAUUUC